AUGGAGUCAGAUAUUGAAGGUAAGAAUUUUAUUCAAUCAUGGUUAUACAUAGAGUGGUCUCGUAUAGCACAAGGUUGUCUGAGUCCCUGCGACAUACUAGCAUCAUGUCCAGGGGGUGGACUUGUAAUGUACACAAAGCUGCCUCAUGCUAAAGAAUCAGUGGUUAUCAAAGGUUUCAGGGCCUCUGGGUUUACCUUAAGCAUUCUAAAUCGACCCCUAAGAGUAUGUAAAUCUUGACACAAAACUCAGAUGUACAGAUGGAACCAAAUGAACCCUAACCAGUCCAUUUGUGCAUUGUCAGAGUUAAGGGGGGGACCUUGAAUUUUUAAAUUUUACAUCACACUGCAGCAUGAAAAUGCACUGAUUUAUUAAGUGACCCCAAAAUUUGGGAAAUGCACCCCUUUUUUAUAGACUACAUUGGGGAGCUUUCAGACUCUGUUCACCUUAGCAAGGCCUAUGGAAGAUAUUUGUCUUAGUAGGAGCAUCUCUGCUAAGAGUACUCUCCCUUCCACCCACACACAAUCUCUUAACGGCAACAUUUAGCAUAGUCAGACUGGCCCUAUUAUGAAACUGAUAUGUAAAGACUAUCAAUUAAACCCUGAAGUGAAAAAGAAUAGUUUAAGUACUGAUCAUCAUGUAUACUCGGAUUGUGCAAUAUAUUUGUAAUUAUGAGUGUUUUUUUUUCCCCCUUUCUUUUUUUUUUCUUUUUCUUUGAUCUGUCUUGUAGUCAGUAGCCCAGAGGAUGUGGUUCACCGUUAUAAGAAGUUGGUGAGGAUGUAUAGGAGGACCAGGAGCAUCCCAGAAAUCUGUAGGGCCUUUGACUUGGAUCGCAACACCAUCGCGGGGACUACGGUCAUCGGAGAUGUCCUCAUUGCAGGAGAGGGUGGGGAUUUUGGAGAGCUGCCCAUAAUUCCAGAAAAGCAGAGUUUGGCUAGCUUUGCCAAAGUUUGCAAGGCAUUUUUGGAUGCAAACCCCACCCUAAAAGAGAAAGUGGAUAAGAUGAGGAAGGCCAAUGAGCUGCUCACCAUCACAUACAAAUUACAUAAAUGA